AUGGCUACCAUCACUGACUUCCCGUCAGCCGUUCAGGCAGUCAUUCAGGGAGCAUCACCUGAGACUGUCGCUGAGACUUUGCUGUCACAAAUGACCCCGAAAGAACGUCUCUGGCUCCUUGAUGGAGAUGAACCUUUCUGGUCCGGGUUCAUGGAAAUGCUCACAGUGGGCUACAACAUAAGACCUUAUAUCCACGGACAGCUUGACAGGCUGUCACUACCUGGUCUUCGCUUCAGCGAUGGACCUCGUGGAAUCGUCAUAGGGAAAAGUACCCCCUUCCCUGUCUCGAUGGCACGUGCAGCCACUUGGGACACCUCCUUGGAGGAGAAAGUCGGCCGAGCAAUUGGUCUUGAGGCUCGCGCACAUGGUGCAAAUUUCUUCGGUGGAGUUUGCAUCAAUCUUGUUCGUCAUCCAGCGUGGGGCCGAGCACAGGAGAGUUACGGAGAGGAUCCUAUCAUCCUUGGAGAAUUUGGUUCUGCUCUCUGCCGUGGAGUACAACGCAACGCCAUAGCAGUCGCCAAACACUAUGCUCUCAAUUCAAUGGAGAAUGCUCGAUUCACAGCUGAUGUCACCGCAUCUGAGGCUGUCCUUCAAGAAGUCUAUCUCCCGCACUUCCGCCGGGUUAUCGAAGAGGGAUGUCUCGGAAUCAUGUCUGCCUAUAACUCUGUCAAUGGUCAGUGGGCGGGGCAGAACGAAGAGUUGUUGGAGAACACUUUGCGUCACCAGUUCAACUUCAAAGGUGUUGUGGUCUCAGAUUUCAUCUGGGGACUUCGCGAUGGCCCCCUCUCCCUUAAAGCAGGACUCGACGUUGAAGAACCAUUCCAGCAACAAAGGGCUCAACAACUUACUGAGGCUCUGGAGAAAGGUGAUGUGGUCACGCAAUACCAUGUAGAUCGCUCUGCGAAGCGUAUCAUAGCCACACAGCUUGCGCAUUACGCUAAUAGGGAUAAGGCUGAGCCUGGCAUGGAAGUCGUCUUUUGCAAGGACCAUCAAAACCUUGCCAGGGAAGUUUCGGCACGAUCAAUGGUUCUCCUCAAGAACGAGCUGGUAGAAGAUAGCCCAAUUCUUCCUCUUCGUCGCGCUGAACUGCGCAACGUCGCUGUGAUAGGUCGCUUGGCCAAUGUAGCAAACACCGGAGAUAACGGGUCUUCGGCUCUCAGGAACAAUCAUGACAUUGUGACUCCGUUCGGAGGUCUCAAGUCCGGUCUACCAAACGCGUCUGUCACACUCGAAGAAAAGGAUGAUGCACAAGCAGCCGCCAAAGCAGCUGAUGAGGCCGACGUCGCCAUCAUCAUCGUUGGAUACACCUCAGCGGACGAAGGAGAGUAUCUCGACCCAGCUAUAUUGGGCGACACGUCAUUGACUGGAGUGUUCCCACCACACGAUGGUUCACCUGCGGCAGAUGCGAUGGUGAAUAUGAUUAAUGGAAAAGGAGACAGUGUAAGCAUGAUAGGAUCAAGCGAAGGCUUCGGUGGCGACCGCCAAAACCUUCGCAUUCGACCCAUCGACGUCGAGAUCAUCAAGGCAGUCAGUGCCGUCAAUCCUCGUACUGUUGUCUGUAUUGUCACGGCAGGUGCAGUGAUCACCGAAGAGUGGCGCUCACUAGUCCCCGGGGUCGUCGUUUCGUGGUACUCCGGAGCCCAGGGUGGAAACGCAUUGGCCGACGUUCUGCUUGGUGAUGUGGACGCUUCAGGUCGUUUGCCUUACUCCAUUCCCACCACUGAAGACCACCUGCCUUACUUCGACAUCAACGCCAGAACUAUCACCUACGACCGUUGGCACGGCCAGAGAUUACUGGAUCGUCUCGGUGAGGACGCAGCUUUCCCUCUCGGCUUCGGUUUGUCUUAUACCUCUUUUCAUCUCAAUGACCUCACCGUCAAAGCUUCAAGUCUUUCCGAGGAGCUAGACGUCACUGUCAUGGUCAAGAAUACUGGCACCCGUGGAGGACGUCAUGUGGUACAAGUCUAUGGUAAACCCCAACGCGAUGAUAAGGAGUUCCCGGCUCGUCUUCUUCUCGGGUUUGCCUGUGUCAAUCUGCUGGCGAAGGAGACAAAGAUGCUUAGGAUCUCGGCAUCGACUCGCCCGUUGAAGAUGUGGACAGAUGGGAAGUUCGAGUGGGCAAGCAAGGAGGCUGAGAUCGAAGUUGGCGCGUAUUCGGGCGACGAAUCGGCACUUAGCCGUCGUAUUGCUUUGGUGUAG